UACGCUCUCCCUUUCGCUGAAAGUUAAACACUCUCCUGCUCCUGUGCGGAACAGUGUAACAUAAUGACCUUUGGUCUGAAGUCCAAAGUUCAGUGUUUCUUUUUUCAGAGAGAAUAUGGGAGACAAAAAGAUACUCAGCAUUGGGUUGGUGUGUCUGGAUAUCAUAAAUGUUGUGGAUAAAUACCCGCAAGAAGAUACGGACACAAGGUGUUUGUCUCAGAGAUGGCAGAGGGGAGGAAAUGCAUCAAACACGUGCACAGUUUUGUCUAUUCUUGGGGCUCCGUGUGCAUUUAUGGGCUCUUUGGCUCCUGGACCAGUAGCUGACUUCCUCUUGAAUGACUUUCAAAUGUACAAGAUUGACAUCUCUGUUCUUCUGGAGCAUGCUGAAUGCUCCUUUCCAGCUUCUGUAGUAAUCAGCAGUGUGACGACAGGAAGCCGUACAAUUCUGCAUAUGAACAGAAACUUGCCAGAUGUUUCUGUAGAAGAUUUUUCAAAGGUGGACCUGAGCCAUUACAAGUGGAUCCACUGGGAGGGCCGUAAUGCUGAUGAACAAGUGAAGAUGAUUGAAAGGGUGAGAGAGCAUAACAGCAAACAGCAAGAGAAGAACAGAAUCACCAUCUCUGUGGAAAUCGAGAAAACCAGGGAACCCCUCUACCAGCUUUUCCCUCAUGGUGAUUUGGUCUUUGUUAGUAAGGAUGUGGCCCAGCAAUUUGGGUUUACUUCAUCAGCUGCUGCAUUGAAGGGGUUUUGUGGUCGCCUUAGAAAAGGAGCUACCCUUAUUUGUGCCUGGGCAGAAAAGGGAGCGGAUGCCAUGGGUCCCGAUGGUGUAAUCAUCCAUUCAGAUGCAUUCCCGCCUGAGAAGCUUUUAGACACACUUGGAGCAGGAGAUACGUUCAUUGCUUCUGUGAUCUAUUCCCUUUCAAAUGGGGGGAGCCUACAGGAUGCUCUCACAUUUGGCUGCCAGAUUGCAGGCAAAAAAUGCGGUGUCCAUGGAUAUGAUGGAAUUUUACUCUGAACUUGGCGGAAAGGUGCACAGCAGGAAUGUAGUACAGACAUGAAGCAUGCUGAUAAACUUAACUAGUACUGUAAGCAACACUGUCAAUGCAUGAUGAGGUGCUGAAUAAUGUUUCUUCGCAUAGAAAAAACUAAUGCACAUGCAAAGGCCUAAUAAUUCAAAAUAAUGAUGGUAUAUUCUGCUGGUGUUCUUCUGUAUUAGAAUGAAUAAAUAAUUGAAGAAAACUUGUUUUACAACUU